AUGUCCUCUGCUCAAGAUUCCGCCACCAAGAUCUCUAUCGAUAGAUUCGAUGGAGACAACUACGCGACGUGGAGCCGCUACAUGCGUGGCGUGUUCCUGACCAAGUCGACGUGGCACGUGGUCAACCGGGAGACCACCCCCACCUUCGCCGAUCCUCGCGCCAGUGAUGAGUACGUCAAGACGAACAACAUUGCGUUCGGCUUGAUGUUACUUCACAUGAGCGCGGACUAUUAUCACGUGGUUGAUGACUGCGACGAGGCAUGGGUUGCGUGGACACGGUUGAAGACUCUCUACGGCGGAUCGCAGAAGGCGGGGCGGAUUUUCUUGAAGCGGCAGCUGUUCAGCAUGGAGAUGGCGGAAGGCGGCAAUGUGUUGCAUCAUUGCAAUGAGUUUCUCCACAUCAGCGCCAAUCUAACUAGCAUCGACGCCGAGAUGGAAGACGAGGACGUUGCGAUCUGCUUGUUGUGCAGCCUCCCCAAGAGCUACGAGAACGUCGUGCUGAACUUGGAGAUAAACAGCGCAGAGCUUCGGGAGAAGACGACAUCGGUGAAAACUGAAGAAGCGACCAAGGCCUUCAGUACCGAGCGUGAGGUUCGUCAGUGUACGUUCUGCGGAAAAUUGGGGCACACGGUGGAAAAGUGCUGGACCAAGCAGAAGGAAGACAAUCGGGGAGCUCGACGCGGCGGCAAUGCACGUGGACGCGGAGCGAAUCAAGUUCAGUGGCAAGGCUACAACGGCAACAGCAACUGUGACUAUGAUCGAGUGGCGUUUGCUGUUUCGCUGGAAUGCGGACUUUCAACGACCAAGAGCAUGUCUGGAAUGUGGGCGAUUGAUAGCGGUGCAACACAUCACAUCUGCUAUGACAAGUCCAAGUUCGAAGUUCUGGACGAGCGCAAUGAAGGUGAAGUGUUGGUUGCAGAUGGGAACAAGGCUGCAAUCAACGGUGUCGGACAAUCGUCGAAAAGGUGA